CGCGCUCGCGCUCGGCGUGAUAGGCGGUCGCAUGCAUGGUCAGCGCGACAAGUACCACUAGAACAUUCGAUAUCAUAUGUCGACGUGUGUCGCCCACCCAUAUAGCGCCGUCGUCGGUAACGCCGGCGGGGGCGAGGGAGUCUCUUACAGCUCGUCGCCGCCGUGCACUUCUGACUGUUUUUGCCAACUCCACCACGGGACACCUUCAAUUCGCGCGUCCGUCAGGCAAUGCAAGGGAGCCAUUAGCGAAGUACACAUUUCAUACUGCAGAUGGAAGACUGGUCAACGCUGAAACUGAAGCCAUCAACGAUGAAUAUCGCGUCAAGGUGGAAGUCGCGGAACACGUCAACUAUGAUAUCAUUGGCAAGCCGAAUAAGUCAAGCCUGACACACCUCUCCAUCCACUGGGGCCUGCAUCGCGAGUGGCUUGACGAAUGGUUGUGUUUACCAGAUCUUCCACGGGGCCAUGAAUUCGAUGAUGUCGACAGCAGCAGACCUGCGAUGCGAACUUCUCUAGCGACACGCCCAGGAGAUGAAAUAUUUUUUCGUGGUGGAUUCCCGAUGCGCUCUGCGCAAGCCAAAUUCGAGAUUCCUGCUUACUUUGCACCACUUGAACUUGAUUUUGUCCUCGUGCGCAAAGAUCCAGUCACCAACAUUGAGAGCAUUGAUGGACCGAGAACAAAUAAUACACGGCAUGCAAGUACAUUUGCGUUGCCACUGGGCAUGGCAGCUGGAGUACCUGCCCCUCUCGGUGCCUCUCGGCUAUCGCCUGAAAGAAUGGGUCCAGGUUGGGUAAACUUUGCGUUGCAUUCUGCGACGGCAACAAAGGUAACCCUCAUCCUGCAGUGGACCAACUGUGGUGAAGCCCCAGAAACGUUAGAACUAGCGCUCAAUCCCACGACUCACAGAACAGGUGACAUCUGGCACGUCGCGCUUCCUUUUGGCAUGCAAGAAAGCGUUCUCCCAGUCCCGGUGCAAGGAUAUUUCACGGAUAAGUACCCUAUGCAAACUACCACUACUACAGCUGUGUUGUACGGAUAUAAGUGUGAUGGAGACACCACGCAAGACGGUUGGCGAUUUCAUCCAGCGCAAGUUAUGUUCGACCCGCGAGCAAGUCUGUUAGUGCCACCACUUGGUCCUUUCCCAGAUCCAAACACGAUUGUUCCAAGGUAUAUGGGCUCCCUUACUGACGUGUUGAAUGAUGGUGCUUUCCAGCUUGCAAAGUACAGGGCGCAAGAUUUUGUAGUCACAACAGCACAUGUGCGGCAGAUUCCGGCGCAGGAGGUGAUUUAUGAACUCUCAGUCUCGGACUUUACUGCGCACACUAGUGCUUAUCUCCCGCCUGGACAGGCAGGAACAUUUGCUGGGGUGCUAUCCAAAGUUGACUACAUCGUUAGCACCGGUGUAACGACAGUCUUGCUUCAAUCUGUAUUCACUCCCGGGAAUAUGCAUAUUGGUGUCUCUUCAGAAGGGGCGCCCAUUAGUUUUUUUGCGCCCAACCCGGCAUAUGCCAAGUCAGGUGGUAGCCUGGCUGUGCAUGAACUGCGGGAAAUGGUUCGUGGACUGCAUUCGCAUGGUAUUGAAGUGUUAAUGCACACAGUAUUGACAUAUAUGGGCGAAGGAACAGAUAUGGACCCUAACAGUGCCAGUCUCCGCGGCAUUGAUCCAGUCAGUUACUACAAGGUUGGGUACUCAGGAGUUUUGGAGGCAAAUGAAUGUGCGCUGGGAGCCGCAGUGCUCGACUCGAAGUCUACAGCAACUCAGGGACUCAUUUUGGACGCCCUUCGUCACUGGCGCACAGCUUUUGGCAUCGACGGUUUCAUAUUGCACAGUAGCUGUGACUGUGGUGAUUCUGCGUGUCAGGCAAGUCUGCAUCCGGUGGUCCUUGAGUCAAUUGCACUAGAUCCAGUGCUAGGCGGUGUAGGAAAAGGAGCUAGCGUGCGCGUGUUUCUCGGUCCAGGAAGGAAUCCAACGUUAUCUCCGCAUCACUUCGGAGGUUUUGGAGAGGUGAACGCUUCAUAUGGCGAUGGCAUUGCGCAGUUUUUUGAACGUAUUCCAGGAUCUGUAGGUGCCUUCAUGUCGUGCAUCUGUGGCUCGGCAAACCAUUUUCGUAAAUCACGGUGCACGUCUCAGGGACACGUGUUGAACACGCUGACGAUCUCCCCCAAGGACAUGUCACUUGCAGACCUAGUAUCUGAGUUAGGGACACGCACUAAAUUGGAACCACGACUUUCUGGGGUAGUGCUUCGUUCGAUGUUGGUGUGUCUUUUUGUGUCUGAUGGCAUUCCAAUGAUAUCAUCCGGGGACGAGUAUGGUCACUCCAGCUUCGGCCAAGUUUCUUCUUUAAGCUCGUCCUUAGAAACUGAACCAACAGUUUUCAGGUGGGAUGCCACAGCCAAAUACUCUGAGGGAGCGUGUAUGCGUUCCUUCAUCGCAGCUCUCUGUGCAUUUCGUCACCGACGUGCCGAUCUCUUUAGUGCUGGGGGGAAUAAUGUAAGCUGGAGCGGGCUAGAUGGGGCAACGCCAAAUGCUUGGAAUGACCCUCUAGCACCAUCUGUCGCAAUGUGCCGGCGCACUGCUUCAACACUCUCACGCCAGCUGAGGACGACCACUCAGGAUGUUGUCGUGAUUUUCAAUGGCUCAGCGGAGUUAGUUCCAGCAGUGGUAGGCCAUCCACCACCUGGUUUUGUGUGGGUCCGGGUCAUAGACACCAGCCUGGUAUUUCCAUCAGAUUGUGCUCUCACGUCUGUGACUCUGGCCGGGCCUCGAGGUACCUACCUUGUUGCGCCUCACACUGUUCUAGUUCUGGAGAUGGCCCCUUCUCCUCUGGAACAUGUUAAUCCAACUGCUGAUUUGGCUUACGUUGAUCGAUAGAUAAUUCGACGAUAGAUGAUUCAAACACUAAGUAGCUAAGACUAAAUCUAGAGACUCUUCUGAGGUACUUCCGGAAGUACCUUCUAAGAUACCUUCUAAGAUACCUUCUGAGGUAUUGAAGUAACAGCCAAAUCGCCACAUUGGU